UUAAUGUGCCUUAUAAAACCUUAACGAUUGUUACCGUCUCAUUAUUUGGAAACAGUAUUUUAAUCUAUAUAAUAAAGUGAAAAAUAUUUUUUCAAGGUAUUUAAGUCCUUUCUGCUUUUGGAGGAUGCAUUUUAAUUUUCCCACGUGGUACAUUUUGUGCUUGUGUAGGCAACACUCGGAUCUGCCCGGGUCUGACAAUUUGUGAUACUGAGUGUAGUGAGUGAACACUGUGAGCCUGAUUAUGAUUUAAUUUAAAUUUGUCUCAGCUUUGAGCAUACUUACUUUAAUAUUACAGUAUUAAAUACUGAAAAAAUAAUAUACUAAUAUGUUAGACUGAAUGAUUACGCUCAAAUGUAAGGUCAGGGUCGUGCUAAAAAAAAUAAACGAAAUAUUAUUGUAUUUCAAAGAGUCUGCGUAAGGUGUGUGAUAAAAUAAGAUAAAAAAACUAGAAAAUUAAAACAAAAUUAAUACAAAAAGACUUAAGUGAACUGAAGCAGGAAUUCUAAGCUAUUUUAACAGAGCCUUUAAAGGCACAGAGGCUUCAAUAUGGUGGGAAUAAAUUUCAAAAAGAAACCUAUCAACAUUGUAUUUUUAGAAUCAUAUUCAUCCCACGAGGACUACAAAAAUACACAUGAAGUUAAAGUCCCAUUGGAAACAUUGAUUACUUACUGCAUAUACAAGUUUUGUACUCCACAACUAUUGCAUGUAAAGUUUGUGCCAUUAAAUAGACCGGUUGAGAAAAGAACACCGGCCUUGUCUAUUUAUGAUAAUAACCUUAUAUUUUCAUAUAAGGAAGAUGUUCCAUGGCAAGUGGCAGCUUGUACGUAUCCUGCGGCUAUGUGCGCAGAUGUUAUUGUCACCGGGCUGUGUGCCGUGGCUAGGCACAUAUGCCUGUUUAAACAUUCUGAGCGGGCUGUGCAGGAGCAUGAGCAUGGCAUACUGGGCUUUCGUCACAGUUGCCUUCAAGCUCCAAACGAAGUUUCCAUAUGGACGAAGUUCUGUGAGAUUGAUCUCUUAAGUGCAGUCAACGAAAUACUAUCUACUGUACAUGUUAAAGAGAUACCAAUUAAUUUGGUGCGAUAUGAGAAUCACUUGAAGAAACCUGUUCGCAUUCAUAACAUGUAUAAAAUAGCUCGAGAGAUGAAGAGGGAGGAGAUGUUGAGAGCUGCACAGCUGUCUGACGAGGAUGAUGAGGAAACAUCACAAGAUGCUGAUUACUCUAAUGAUGCAAGCCCUAUUGAUGAACUACCAAUAACUAUACCUAGAGCAGACUUUCAUAAAAACCUUGUGCAUGGAACUAGUACUAUCCAGGUAGAAAUUCAUGCAAGCUUAUCAAGCCCAGUUGAUGAAACUGAAAGUAAUACGACUAAAGCACAAAUACAUGCAAGUGGAUCCAGCAAUGACAAUCAAAGCACAAGUACCACUACCAAAGCAGAAGUUCAUGCUGGCAAAUCAAAUGCAGCAGAUGAAAAAUCUGAUAAUAUUACUACUGCAGAAAUACAUGAAGCUAAACCUGGCAGGAGUGAUCAGAAUGGACAUGCUGCCACUAAAGUGGAAGAAAAGCCAGGGACCAGCAAUGGCCAUGCUAAUAAAGUAAGUGAUACUGAAGGUGCAAGUGCCAUUCAAGUAUAUGAAGAAGCCAGUACAUCUAGUCAGGGGAAUGAAGGCGCAUGUUCAUCUAGCGCGGUUAAUGAAGGUGCCAGUGUAUCUUACGAAGGUAUUGAAGGAGCUGUGGCAUCUGGCUCGGGUAGUAUGCCAGCCAGACUGUUACUUGAUGAUGAUGAGGAGCUCUCAGAGCCUAUAGAUGCUCCAAGCACAUCGUCAAGAGUACCUAAACAAAGGCAAUGGAAAUCAAACAAUAAGAAGGAAAAGAGUCGAAAAAUCGAACUUAAAAAUCUACAGAUUAUUCAUCAGUUUGCUGAAGGCCCAUUCUUCACAUUGGCUGACGUGGUGUUGCUACCCUCAUAUUAUUUAAUCCACCAGGCAUUUGGUGACUUCAUGUUUGAAACAUACUUGCCAUUCACAGCAAAAUGGUUCAGAACCGUUAAAACUGUACCAGAAGUAAAUGUAUGUCUUAACUUGCUGAGCAAACAGCAUGUAAAAUCUUUGACAUUUGCUGAUGUUAUAGUACCAACUCCUGAUGAUGUAAGUCUCUACAAGAGUGACCCAAAACGAAAUAAUCCAAGGAAGAGGUUGUUUACAAAAGAAGAUGAUAUAGAAAAGGCUCUGAGUGCUAUAACUGAGGGUAUGGAGCUGCCCAUGACUGAAAAUGAGUUGGAACCUGCAUUUAAUUGGGCAUCGAUCCCUGAUGGCGCAAACCCCACCGCCGGGCAUCUACCCAGUGAUAGGGUAACGCGAAAAACUCAGCAGCUGGAAAACUUAGCAGGCACAGUACUUAAUAUUGCUAAAAUACGAGACACAAUAAUAGACUUUUGCUGUGGAAGUGGCCAUCUUGGAAUAUUGCUGGCAUAUCUGUUGCCACAGUGCACAAUACUGAUGUUGGAGAACAAAGAACAGUCUCUAGACCGAGCCAGGGCAAGGGCCUAUCAACUGAACUUGAAAAACGUAUUUUUCUAUCAAUGCAACCUCGACUUCUUCGACGGAAAGUUCGACAUUGGGAUUGGUUUACAUGCUUGUGGUAUAGCCAGUGACCUUGUUCUGGACAAGUGUCUGAAAGCCAAAGCCAAGUUCGUGAUAAGUCCAUGCUGCUAUGGUUCCCUACAUCCUACAGACAGAAUCGCAUAUCCGCGGAGCCAGAUGUUCAGAAACGUGCCAAUAGAGCAGUACAUGUGUAUUGGUCACGCAGCCGACCAAACUCACAAAGAGCAUCCCUUGGCGGUGAGAGGCGCAAGGUGCAUGACUGUCAUCGACUCAGAUAGGUUGCGCUUCGCCGAGGAAUCGGGAUACAAAGUCACACUUACUUAUCUAAAACCUCUCUCUUGCACGCCUAAGAACAACUUGCUGAUAGGCGUCCCAAUUUAAACAAAAAACAAAUUCGUAAC